AGUGACGUCUGUGAGAGCUGUCAGUAAAAAGUGGUUGAUACGACGAGAGAGAGAAGACACUCCAUAUGCGCUCCAGUAGCACGCCAGUCAGACUGAGGCAGGAACCCAAUUCACAAGCUCAACUGCUUGAGUGCGAUUCAUUUCUUGUAAACAUCUCAGAGUGUAAUUAGUUUUAUCGUGAAAACAACCAAAUACGAACUGAAAGUGUGAUUACGUGUGCCAGACUUGUGUCUUCUCGGGCAGGUCCACCAAUUUGCGGAGAGACCAUCUUUGGGGCCCAAAUUCUUGCCUCAGAAAUUACUGAAAAUUUAAUACUUUCACAGUCUGCGCAAUGAAAGAUGGAAUCUCUCGCAGUGGUGGAUACGCAACGUCAACAACCACUAAAGCCAAAUUGCACCCCAGUAUGGGACAUUCUGGGGCAGACGUUCUGAGUUCUACUAGGCUCGGAACCUUCUGGAUGAGACUGAAACACAAGCUCUUUGACAUACCCUGUGGUCAACUGAAAAAUGUCCACUGGAUGAACAAGAGAGCACCAGCGGGAACAGCUUAUACUCCGACAGAGGUUGAACAUAUUGCAAAUGUCAUAACUCAUGGUAUUUGGGUAGGGCCUGCGGUAUAUGCAGGCCUACAACUCAUCUGGCGCAGUGGAAGCGAUGCUCAGAGAGUAGCUGGAUUCAUCUAUGGAACAGCCCUCUUUCUCCUCUUUGCCAUAUCCACCUUCUUUCACACAGUCUUCUACUGCAACCGAAACAGGCAACUCAAGGAUGUCCUCCAUAGAUGUGACCGAGCAAUGAUCUAUGUUUUCAUUGCUGGAUCCUAUUACCCCUGGUUGACACUAACCCCACCUACGCAUCCCACAAUAAUCCUCGCACUCAAAUGGCUGGUGUGGCUUCUCGCCGGAUUAGGAAUCCUCUACCAGCAGGUUUACCAUGAGAAAUAUAAAUGCCUGGAGACUUUCCUGUACAUUGUUAUGGGACUUGGACCAUCAAUUGUGAUAAUGAUAUGCGGACACGAAUUCAAUGGCAUGGAUGAGCUCAAAAUUGGUGGAUUACUCUAUAUUUUGGGUGUGUGCUUCUUCAAAGCUGACGGUAAAGUUCCAUGUGCCCAUGCCAUUUGGCAUUUAUUUGUUGUAUUGGCCGCAAGUGUCCACUAUUUUGCAAUUCUCAAACAUUUGUACACCUAGACAUCACAUGUCUCUCUACCAACUUUGUUGCAUUAUUUGCAAGAAUGUAAAAAAAGUGAAAAAUAAUAAAAAACGCAUUGUGAUACCGGAAGAUACCGUGAAUCCUUAAACCGGUACAGAAAAGACAGAAGCAAAUCUUGUACCAUUUGUACAAAAAAAAAAUAAUAAGAAAGAACAAACGAAUUUCAUUUGCUUCGAUCGUUAUUUUUUUAGGUAUACGAAAUGAUCAAAUCUUAUUAGGAUAAGUAAACCAAAACACGCGUAGUAACUUACUUUCAGUAGCGUAUAUUUUUACGCAAGUACGCAAGUGCGAAUGAUUUAGUGUGAUUAAUUGAAAACAUAUUUUUGUGUCUUAGGGGAAAUAUUCACUGGAGUUUUUUGAAGUUUUGUAGGAUUCGCAAAAGGGUUAUAAAGUUAAUUAACUACAAAAUACUGCAGUGAAUACCAUUAGCAGGAUAGGAAAGCGAAUGAAUCUGAAAAGAAUGGUUUGUAACAUCGUUUCUUGACAGAUUGUGAGACUUUGGAUGAUGAAGGCAAGGAUUUAUAUUCGAAUGUGAGGUUAUGUUAGAUCUAAACUAAAAAAAUCGUGGCGCAUACGGAAAAAUUUAUUAGUACUUUAUUAAAGUGUAACUUUAAUUAAAUGUUGAGUAAUUUGAUACCAUUUCUUUUUCAUGUGGUGGAUCUAGUAGGAUGUAGAUAGAGUAGGGUAACUUUGAGGAUUCUUGUAAACGUCAAAGCGAAGGGAAGAAGUGAAUUAAAUAUUCUUUCUGACCAUCACCGUGCCCGUGUCUAUGUCUCUCAGUGCUGGAAAUCCAGGGAUCGUGUGACCACACACUUUAGAAUGCACAAAGAUCUAAUUCAUAUCAGAGAAAAAGAAAAAAAUAACCUCUUUCUUUUUUGAGGUUAGGAAUGCAAUUGAAAGUUUAUUUAAUUGUUGUUCACAUUAAAAAUGUUAAACAUUUCUCAAAAACUUUCAAAUAAAAAAAGAAUACAUUAAGGUUUGGAACAUUCCAAAACUGCUCGUAUAGGUUAUGUCUCCCAAUUAAAAACAUAACCCUAAAAGUUACUUUACAUCUCAUAAAAGUUUUGUUUAGAAAGAAAAUCAAGCUUGUUUAAAUAUUUUUAUGCGCGCCAAAUGCAUCUAAUACUAAUAUCAAAAAUUUCGUUGAUGUUAAAAAUAGUCAGAUUUUUGAGGUUAGGAUUUAAAAUCGUUAUGAAUCUACACUGGAGAUGCAUUAAAACGUUUUACUGUUCUUAUAAUUACUUAUAAAUCUUAUUUUCAGGAUUUCUUCCUAUAAAGAAUCAUAUCGAAAUGGUAUUUAGGUUACAGCUAUCAUAACCUCAAAUUCCAAUAUAACCUCUUCCCGUUGUUACAGGAUCUUCUUUUCACAGUAGGCAAUAUAGUUUAUUUUUCCUAAAGCUCUAACCAGGAACUUUAGAGUCCCAGAAGCAAGAAUAUUAAAAGAAAAAACUUCCAUUGAUUGCAAUGUUGCUGCCCAAUACAAUAAUUCACCAAAUGAAUCUACCCAGAAAUUAUAAGUUCUCUUUGUUUAAUACCAGCUUAGAUCAAAUUUAACCUAAUUUUUCAUUUGAAUGUGAUAUUUAUUUUGUAAUUUAAUCUUGUAGAAAAAAAUUGCCAGAAUGAUAUAUAAUUCAUUAGUGAAUAUUUUAAGAAAAAAAAAUGAAAAAUCAUUUUAGAUGAUAGGAACCACCUUAAAUUUGUAGAAUAAAAUUAAUAUUAUACACAAAAUCUCCAGGAAAGCUCCACCUACCUUUUCAAAGAGAAACUCUAAUUUAUCCCAAGGAAAGCAAUAUAAUCUUAAAUGUUUUGAUACUCAAAACACGUCAAUAAAAAAGUCUUCAGACAUUCAAUAAACCCUCCUUAAUUUUUCCCGCCAAAAAAUUCAAAAUACAGUAAUUCAGCAACAAAAAGAAAAGUAUUGAAAACAAAACAGCCAAUAAGUAUUAACAAAAAAUAGCAACAGGCUAAAAAGAAAAUUAAAGUGCCAAUCACAAGAAUGGAAAAAAGAUUUAGAUGAAACCCAAAAUGUUGAAAAUUCACAGAUUAUCGAAUAUUUAAAUAAAAUCUGUUUUGUAGGGGGCCUUUUCAAAAAAAAACCUUAGAAUAAAAAAAAUAUAUAAAAAGUUAACUCACGAAAAAAGUUUCAAAAUCUUACACUCAAUUUACCACCAAAAAAGUUGAAUUUGAAAAUAAUAGAAGAUACUAAAGAAAAA